CCACUGGCUGAGAGAGAGAGAGGAGCAUCAGAGAGAGAGAGAAAAGGAGGCAGAAAAGAGAGAUUCACAACACUCUCUCGAUUGAUCAGGAAGCAGGUGCUGGACCUUCCUCCACAUCAGACUGAUGUCAGAGCAGAGAUGGAUGUGCGGCGGGACUCGAUGAGCUCCAGCAUCUGACCAAACGAACUUCUGAUCCGCGCGAAUCUAGUCUCGACGUCAUCGAUCAUCAGUUCUGUCGUUCUCUUCGAAGCUUUGCGCGUUUCGCGGGAUCUUCACCGAUUUUUUUGCCUUUAAAUCAGUCCGCCGGUUCAUCCUCAGCAGUUUGAAGCUGCACCGCGUGAACGGAGGCUGAUCAUGAAUAUAAAACACAUCAGAUCCGUGAUAUAAUGGGGAUCGAGGACGCGAGCAUGAGGAACGGACGGGCUCUGUCCGAUCAGUGGGCCGACAGCGUGGUGGUCCGGCCCCGGACGACCGAGCAGCACAUCACGGUGAAUAAGAGACUUGUGCUGGGCUUCGCCAUCUCCAUCCUCACCCUCAUCAUCGUCACGGCCAUCGCCAUCACGCUCAGCGUCAGCUUCGAGAGAUGCGCCGCGGAGAGCAGCGGGGCUCUGGCCGCGAACGGCUCCAGCAACAGUAAGUGGAAACAGUCCCGGAACACUAACAUCAGUUACAGAGACUCAGAGGACGGCCAGCAGCCCUGGAGACACCUGCGCUUACCGGCCACCCUGCGCCCGCGCCACUACGACCUGCGCCUGUCCGUGUACAUGGAGAACUUCACAUUCUCCGGCGAGGCGCACAUUGAGUUUGAGUGCGUCCACUCCACGAAGCUGAUCGUGCUGCACACGGACCGGCUGGAGGUGGACAAGGUGCUGGUGUACUCGGACAGCAAGAAAGCGGGCGUCAUGAGGAUCCAGCGCCGCUUCCACUACCAGCCCAAGCAGGUGUAUGUGAUCGCGCUGCACAGAGAGAUGAAGCCCCUCAGAACAUACAAGAUCAACAUCACUUUCCACGCGCACAUCGAGCACGAGCUCCUGGGCUUCUUCCGCAGCUCCUAUGUGCUGAAUGGAGAAAGAAGGUUUCUCGCGGUGACUCAGUUCUCACCAACUCACGCUAGAAAGGCCUUCCCAUGUUUCGACGAGCCCAUCUAUAAAGCCACAUUCAGAGUGAGUCUGAAACACGAGAGCUCGUAUCAGUCGCUGUCUAACAUGCCAGUGGAGGCCUCGAUGUCUGACGAGGACGGAUGGGUGACCAACCAUUUCUCCAGGACGCCCCGCAUGUCCACGUACUACCUGGCCUGGGCCGUGUGCAACUUCACCUACAGAGAAGCAGUUACAGACAGUGGAGUUGUGAUUCGGCUGUACGCCAGACCUGACGCCAUCCAGAGCGGAUCGGGGGACUAUGCUCUGCACAUCACCAAGAGACUCCUGCAGUUUUACCAGGAUUACUUCAAAGUCAAAUAUUCCCUCCCUAAAUUAGAUCUCCUGGCAGUGCCGAAGCAUCCGUAUGCAGCCAUGGAGAACUGGGGCCUGAGUGUGUUUGUGGAGCAGAAGAUCUUGUUGAAUCCUGACGUUUCUUCCUUCUCCUAUCAGAUGGAGCUCACCAUGGUGGUGGUGCACGAGAUCUGCCAUCAGUGGUUUGGGGAUCUAGUCACACCAGUUUGGUGGGAGGAUGUUUGGCUGAAGGAGGGAUUUGCGCAUUACUUUGAGUACAUCGGGACUGAUUUCCUCUUUCCAAAGUGGAACAUGGAGAAGCAGAGGUUUCUGACUGAUGUUCUUCAUGAGGUGAUGUUACUGGACGGUUUGGCCAGUUCUCAUCCGAUCUCUCAGGAAGUGUUUGAAGCCACAGACAUCGACAGAGUGUUUGACUGGAUCGCGUAUAAGAAGGGAGCCGCUCUGAUCCGAAUGCUGGCUAACGUCAUGGGACAGCCGCUAUUCCAGAGAGGCCUCAAUGAUUACUUGAUGACGCACAUGUAUGGGAACGCGGCGAGAGACGACUUGUGGAACAAAUUCUCAGAGGCCAUGCAGCGGGAGGGAAAGGACAUCAACAUCACACAGGUCAUGGACCGCUGGACGCUGCAGAUGGGUUACCCUGUCGUCACCAUCAGCAAGAACGACAGUCUUGACAACAGUGUCACCAUCUCACAAGAGCACUUCGUCUAUGACACCGACGCCAAGAUCCGGAAUCCUGAACUGUUCAACAAAAGCUUCCAGUGGCAAAUACCGCUGACGCUCGCAGUGGGAAACUCCAGUCACAUAUCAACAGAGACCAUCAUCUGGGUCUCCAAUAAAACAGAGACACACAGAGUGGGUCACAUGGGCGGCGAGACGUGGUUGCUGGGCAACAUCAAUCAAACGGGCUACUUCAGAGUGAACUACGACCUUCACAACUGGAGACUUCUCAUUCAGCAGCUGAUGACCAACUCAACGAUCAUCUCUGUGGGCAACAGGGCCGGUCUGAUUGAUGACGUCUUCAACCUGGCGAGAGCAGGGUAUUUGCCCCAAAACGUCCCCCUGCAGAUGAUCUCAUAUUUGUCUCAGGAGACUGAGUUUCUGCCGUGGCACGCUGCUAGUCGAGCUCUUUACCAGCUGGACAAACUCCUGGACCGCACUGAAGACCACAGCCUGUUCAGCGACUAUGUUCUAAGACAAGUGGAACCGAAGUAUCACAAGUUGGGCUGGCCAGCCACUUCCCCUCAGGGCUCCUUCAUGCAGGCGGCUUAUCAGACCGAAGAGUUACAGAGAGAGGUGAUGAUGCUGGCCUGCAGUUUUGGAAACAAACACUGUCAUCGGCAGGCUGUUUCUCUCAUUUCAGACUGGAUUUCCAGCAACAAGAACAGGAUUCCACCCAACGUGCGGGACAUUGUGUACUGCACAGGUGUUUCUCUGAUGGAUGAGGACGUGUGGGAGUUUAUCUGGAUGAAGUUUCACUCCUCUACAGCCAUCUCUGAGAAGAAGGUUCUUCUGGAGGCCUUGACCUGCAGUGACAACAUCUUCCUGCUCAACAGGCUCCUGAAUCUGUCCCUCACCUCUGACCUGGUGCCGGAUCAGGAUGUGAUCGAUGUCAUCAUACAUGUGGGCCGCAAUCCGCUUGGAAGACAUUUAGCUUGGAGAUAUUUUCGCGAGAAGUGGGAUAUAUUGAAUUCCAGGUAUGGAGAGGCCUUAUUUAUGAACUCAAAAUUAAUCAGCGGUGUGACAGAGUUUCUCAACACUGAGGCCGAGUUGAAUGAGCUGAAAGAGUUCAUCCUGACCAGCGGGGGAGAGUCGGCACCUGCGUUCGCUCGAGCUGUUGAGAUCGUUCAAGCAAAUGUAAAAUGGCACAUCCUGUUCCAGCAGCAGUUUUACCGAUGGCUGCGGAAAGCUCCUGAUGGUUAAUGCAACAUUAAGCAUGGAGCGCUCUAUUAGCAUGAAAACUCAUGGUCAGUGACGUGGGGAGAUAUAAGAGAAAAAAAAAAAGAAAAAAAAAACUAUUCUGGA